CGGCCGCCUCGGCAGUCAACAGUCCGAUCGCGACGAUCCGGUUCGCGGUCUGGUGAACGCUGCGCCGCUCAUCAUUCGUGUCCUCGUCGUCGCAUAGUCGUCACGGACGGUCGAUCCGCUGUUAAACACAUAUUAUUAUUUUAAUAUAUCAUCCGAUUAUCAUAUCGUUUUUUUAUUAUUAUCAUUUAUUAUUUUUUUUUUUUUUUACGCGACGACGGUAUGUGUUUUAACGACCCGUCGUAAUUAUUAUCGUUUACUUAUAUUGACAUUGCGCGCACUAUAAUAUUGUUAUUUUAAUAGAUUCUAUUAAUUUUUCACGUACUUGAUCUACGUGUUCUAUUUAUCGUCGACGUAGGUAUUAGACGUACGCAUACGAUAUUUUUUUAAAAGUCGAACACGCCGAUUCGAUUUAGUUCGGAAAUCUGCUGCUGCUGCUGCGGUUAUUUCGUACAAACGAUUUUUCCGAUCGCUCGUACGCCCUCGAUAUCCGCCACAACACGCACUAUCUCCUCGGAUCGGACGCGAGUUGUUAUAUUGUUUUUUCGUUUUGGGUGACUUCCAAAGUUUAUCGACUGCAGACUCUUGGAGCCAGCAUUCGUGUAUGACUCGACGUCCCCCCACACCUUCAACGUCGACAUGAGUAGAGGCAGUAGCGACGAUGGAGGUGGCGGCGGUGGUGACACAGACGCCGGUCGGAGCGACGACGAACGUUCGUUGUCCAGCGACAGCAGCGGUGGCGGCGACGUCGUCGUCGGCGACGGUUGCCGGAGUCGUAGCAGCAGUGCAAAUAGCAACAACAACAACGGAAAAAAAGACACAAUCGCCGCUAUCGAUGAGGGCGUUGGCGUCAUCGGCUCUGGUUUGAACAGCAGUUUCAGCUUUUUUGAGCUUCCGGCCAACGCAGCCGCCAUGCCGUACAACUUGGAAUUGCGGAACGCGGGUGCGGGUGGCGUGUGGACCAAGACCCAGCUUUCCAAAGGCGUAAAGUAUGGACCGUUCCUGGGCAAAUGGGGCCCGAAGCCGGUGGACUUGCGGUUCGCCUGGGAGGUUCGUAUCGCCGGAUACUCUGGAUAUUUGGACGGCACGAUCGAAAUCUGUAAUUGGAUGAAAUUCGUUCGGUCUACGAACGAUUGCAGUAGACAAAACGUCCGAGCGUUCUUGUUGGCCGGACAGAUAUUCUACGAAUUGACACAAACAAUCAGAGGUUCAGAAGAAUUAUUGUUGGGCAAGAGAGAGCCGCUGAAUUUAGACGCGGCAUUUGGAGAAUUAAUGACAGCGUCCGCUGAGGAUCGGAGUGAAAGAGACUCGGUCGUCGCAUCGCAGAAUUCACUGGGUUCGAUCGACGGAGACGGAGACGUGGACGUGGACGCUGAGGAACCGGACGAAGACGAUCAAAAUAGGUGCAUCUUGUGCGAAAAGUGUUUUCCCGACAUCGAACAGCUCGACGAUCACCUGGUAUCCGGUCACCACUACAAGGCCAGCCAAUACGGGUGCGAGCUGUGCCCGCAGUCGUACAGCUGGAAGCCGUGCCUGAUCCGGCACCUGGCUCUGGCCCACAGCCGAAAGUUCACUUGCGAGACCUGUUCCAAGGUGUUCAGCGACCCGAGCAACUUGCAGAGGCACAUCCGGACCAAUCACGCGGGCGCCCGGUCUCACGCCUGUUCCGAGUGCGGCAAGACGUUCGCCACGUCCAGCGGACUCAAGCAGCACACCCACAUACACUCGAGCGUGAAACCGUUCCAGUGCGAAGUCUGUUUCAAGGCUUACACUCAGUUCUCGAACCUCUGCCGGCACAAGAGGAUGCACGCCGACUGCCGCAUGCAAGUCAAGUGCGACCGGUGCGACCAGUCGUUCAGCACGGGCACGUCGCUGUCCAAACACAAGCGGUUCUGCGAGUCCAACCCGUCGCCGGAACCGUCGUCCAGACCCGGACGUCCGGCGCUGCAGGUGGGCGGCGGCGGCGGCAUAUCGUCGCUGCUGCAGCAUCAACAGGACGCGGCGGCCGGGGCCGCGGCUACCGCCGCCACGUCGCCGUUCGCCGUGUACCCGCGGUACCCGCUGUACCCGCCGCACCCGCUCAUCCACCCGUUCUACUUGACGUCGGCCAACGGGUCGCUGCCGCCGCCGCCGCCUCCGAUGUUCCCGCCGUUCGGGCCGUUCAAUCAGUUCGUGCCCAAGCUGAACAUGGACAUGCUGUCCAACGCCGUGGAGAUGUGCAACAGCCGGUUCAAGCGGUCCGCCGCCGAAGCGGAACACGGCGAGACGCCCGCCAAGCGGUUGCUGCAGUCGUCGUUCAACUCGUCCGGCCAGAAGACGCCGCCGCCGCAGCCUCCCGCGUCCUCCGGCGCCGCCAUGCUGAUGGGCUCGAGCAAGACCUCGCCGCUGGUCGGCGAAGAGGCGUCGUCCAACCAGCGACCGUCGCCCGCCCGACCCAGCGCCACGUACCCCGACCCCAAAGUGCACGUCAAACGGCAGCCGUCCGGCGACGAGGACUGCGGCCCGUGCGAUCUGUCCGUCAACACGGACAUACUGUGCAACGACGGCGGUGGUUCGGCGGACGAGGAGCUGAUGACGGACGAGAGCGCCGGCGAACGUCGGUCGUCCGACGACGAAGGAUCGCCUUGCCGACCGGCCGACCAGCCGCUGGACCUGUCCGUGACCAAAGUCGUCGUGCAGCGCCGGCGGAAAAAGUCGCCGUCGGCCAUCCGCCCGACCGCGCCCCCGUCGCGAGACGGCAGCCCUCGCCGCGACCGCAAGUGGUCGCCUCCGUCUCUCACGCCUCCUCCUCCGUCUCUGCAGCCGCCGCCACCGCCGCCGGCGUCCCAGGCUCCGGCUCCUCAGACGGCCCAGAGACCGUCGUCGUCGUCGCCGUCCCCGUACUCGCGGAUCGGCAGCGGCGUGAUGGCGUACCCCAAACCGCUGUACUUGGAUUCCAUUUAUCCCGCGGCCGCGCUGUCCGGGUUCGCGGACAACCCGCUGCAACACAUGCAGGCGCACCAGCCUUUCGCGCCGUCCGCGGCCCGCGGCCCGCCGUUCUCGUUCAUGUCCAACUCGUCGCCGGUCAUCGAACACUUUCUCCGGCAGCCCAUGCCCAACUACUCGAAAUCGUUCCAGGACAUCAUCCAGCAGCACCAGCACCAGAACUACGCUGCGGCGGCGGCGCAGAACCAGCACCAGCAGCACCAGCCGGCCGGGCACCAGCAGCAGCAGCACGCCAAGUCCAAGGACCGGUACGCGUGCAAGUACUGCGGCAAGGUGUUCCCGCGCAGCGCCAACCUGACCAGGCACGUGCGCACGCACACCGGCGAACAGCCGUACCGGUGCGCGCACUGCGAACGGUCGUUCAGCAUAUCGUCCAACCUGCAGCGGCACGUGCGCAACAUACACCGGCAGGAGCGGAACUUCAAGUGCAACCUGUGCAACCGGCGGUUCUCGCAGCAGACCAACCUGGACCGGCACGUCAAGAAGCACGAGGCGGACGACGGCACGGCCGUGGGCACGGUGACCAGCAGCUCGGCGAGCAGCGUCGACGAGAAGGAGGAUCCCAGGCUGUUCGAGAUCCGGAGCUUCAUGAAGAAGGUCAGCGACCACGGGUCCGCGGCCGCGGCCGCCGCCGAGAUGCAGAACAACAACGUGGUGGUGGACCCGUGCGGCCUGCAGCAGCCCGACGACGGCCUGCAGUACGCGGCCCACUUAUGACCCGUGGCUCCGCCGCUCUACCUCAAUUGGGCCCGUUGACGCGGCCCUCCGGCGAUCGAUCGUCGCUGAAUAUCGUGCGAUAAAAAUAUUAUAUACUUACACGUCGUAGUAUCGUCACACGAAAAUCUCUCGAGUACCUCCACACGCGCGCGCAUUAUAAUAUUUAUAUACUUAUUAUUAUUAUUAUUAUUGUAAUUAUAUUUUAUUAUAGGUAUAUAUCGUAGGUCCCCUCUGUCUAUUUUCUUCUAUACACGAUUGUUUAUAUAUAUUUAUUUUGUCGUCUGCAAGUCUGCUGCAACACAGAUCGGUUUUUUUUUUUUUUAUUUUAAGUUUUCCAUUCGAUUCGCCCGGGGGAGGGGCGUCGUACACUUUUUUAUGCUAUGUCACCGUCGUUAGAUGUUUUUUUUUUUU